CAUUGUUUACAUGGAUAAAGUUUUCCUGGAAGUGACUAAUGACGCAUCACUUCAGAGCGUAUUAAAAAGAGGCACGAGAUCCUCCUCCUUGUCAACAGAACUGGGGCGAGACGCGCGCGCAGAGGCACACAUGGCAACCAGCGAGUUUAUCCUCACUGUUUUAGUGCUAUACAGCAGCACAGCAUCCUUGGUGAUUGCUCAAAAUGAGCAAAAUGAGACCACGUACCAACGCAAGCUUCCCUCCGGCAAGAUCGUGACGUGCGACCGCUGCCCUCCAGGUUCCCAUCUGCAGAAGCACUGCACAGACACGCAGCGUACCGUGUGCCGGCCGUGCGACGCAGGAUUCUACACCGAGUUCUCAAACUACAUCUAUGACUGUCUGCCAUGCGACUGGUGUUCUUCAGAUCAGACCGAAGCAAAGAAGUGCACGAGCUCCAGUAACCGUGUGUGUCAGUGCAAGGAAGGCUUUUACUGGAACUCGCACUUCUGCCAGCAGCACACGGUGUGUCAGAAGGGAUACGGAGUCAAAGUAAAAGGGACUCCACACACAGACACGGAGUGUGAGCGUUGCACGGCCGGAUACUACGCAGCCGAAAACACGCCGUGCGUUCCACACACACCGUGCAAAUCAGAAGAGAAGCUUCUGUUCUCCGGCACCAGCUCUGUGGACAACGUUUGUGUUAGCUGCAACAGUAUCACACAGGAUGGUGUGUUAAAACUCCUCAAGCAGCAAGUCAUAGAAAUCUUCUUCAAGAUUCAGAAUACUCGAAAGCUACAUCGUAUCUGUAGGAACUUAAAUGUAAAGGACGGUGGAUUUCAGUCCUCCAGAAUUCAUGACCACUGUAUUCAGAAUCUGCAGCGGUGGCUUAACGAGGCUACAGAGCAGGAGGUCCUCAGCCUUCCCGAUAAGCUGCACAAGCAUGAAGGUAUAUCCAAGAACAUCAAGGACAGCAUUAAGAGGAUCCAUGAUGAAAUCAAUCUGUGCAGAAACACUUUGCUUUAAUUGAUCUUCAAAGCCCCCCAUGUGCAGCUUAUUUCAUUACACAUGUAUAUUUAUGAAUAAACAAAUAGUCCAAACUUGAUGAAGUGGAACCUACAACUCUUCAGAUUAAUACAAGUGUGCAUGAGACAUUCUGACUCAGCGUUACACUGAGGGGUAGAGUUAACAGGCUUUAGAUUAGAUGUUUUACAGAAAAAUCUUAUCAUAAAAAGGCACUGAAUUUUUUAUUUUUUUUUUUUAUUUUAGUUUGUUUGCAACUUGCCUCCAAGCAGAUGUUCUAUGUUUUUGUUUUUUGUUUUUUUUUAACAUAUGUUUAUUAUUAGAAGUAUUUUUUAAAUGUCUACAUGUUACACUGUUUUUAAAAAAAUUUCGACCUGCCUGUCAGGUGCUAGAGAUCUAGAAUACUCACAGAGUCUCUCUGAUACAUUGUUGUACAGAUAAAACACAAGUGAGCAGCUAAUGUGCUUUUGUUGCUUUGGAUUGUGUCUGAAAUGUAUUUCUUUUUUAUUUUUGCUAAAAAAAAAUUAUAAUAAUUUGUCAAACUACCUGCCUCAUGCAACGUUAUUACCUCUUAAAGUUUUGGUUGUUGUUGUUUUUUUUCCAGUAUCGUUGCUCCAAGAAUGAUAAUUUAUAUUUCAAAGAAUGGUCAUGAAAAGUAAUCAAAUCUGCAUAGUAAAAAAAAAAAGAAAUCUGCAAAGUAAUAAAAUGAUACGAAAUUUA